GCGGCGCAGUGCGAAUAGAAUCCUAAACCAAAGCACGGGAUUUUGAAUAUUUCCAUUGUAAGCAGUUCUAUUAGGGCUUUGUCUGCUGAAAGCCAUGUUCAAGGAUUAAAUGUCUCUCGUAUCUCUGAUGAGUUGGAUAAUAUAAACACUAUUUACUUUUCAAGCCUUAUUUUCAUUGCAGGUUAUAACCAUGGCAGUCACUAUAAAUACUGAGUUGGAUCCUGUCUUUUUGAAGGCACUUGGAUACCUCCACUCAAAGAGCAAGGACUCUGCUGAAAAACUGAAGGCAUUGCUAGAUGAGUCACUGUGCAAAGGCAACGACUCUGUCUACCGUCCUCAACCGAAGGAAAUGGAGCAGCCCAAAGCAAUGUUAUCUAAAGUUAAGCCUGAAACAAAGGCCUCUAGCAGCACUCCAUCAAGCAGUAUGCUAAGCAAACCACUGACUUCAGAGAAGUUAAAGAAGGAGGCUGAGAAGAGAUCUGCUGAUAAGAUGAAAGUGGAAAUCAGUGAUGUUAUGGAUAUUCCAAAGAAGCCUCGUAUAGAGAAGACAGAAGCUCGUUCUUCCCCUGUCACAGUACAGUUAAGCAAGGAUUUGCCUGUGCCAGAUCUCUCAAGCUUUGACGAGACCAGUGCUGAUGAUUUUGCCAUGGAGAUGGGGUUGGCUUGUGUUGUUUGUCGACAAAUGACUGUGUUCUCCGGCAAUCAGCUGGUUGAAUGCCAGGAGUGCCACAAUCUGUACCAUCAGGACUGCCACAAACCACAGGUCACAGAUAAAGAUGUGAAUGACCCACGGUUGGUGUGGUAUUGUGCUCGCUGCACAAGGCAAAUGAAAAGAAUGGCACAAAAGAAUCAGAAACCCUCACAGAAGCCAUCCCCAUCAGCUGUAUCUGCAGUGACACCUGUAGCAAAGGAUCCCUCUGUUAAUAAACCUGAGCUGAAAGCUAAGCCCGAUUCUGCAAAUACAUUCUUAGCUUUCAAGAGAGCAGAAGUUAAGGCCUCUUCAGCAGUUUCAUCAAGUUCUUCAAAUUCUGGUGUAUCAUCCUCCUCUGCCAGUGGCCUGACAGGUUGGGCUGCAUUUGGAGCUAAGACAGCCAACGCUGUGCCCGUGUUAGGCAAACUAGGAACAAGCUCCCAGGCAACCAGUGGAAAGCCUCCAUCACUUUCCUCAGUGCAGAAAACUGGAGCAGCACCAGGCCUUGCGCCUUCUAAACCAGGAUCAAUAUCUAAAAGUGGUUCUGGGGGAAGCAGCAGCAGCAGCACAAUACCUAUAAAGCCAUUGCCACCACUCAUACUGGGGAAAACAGGACUCAGUCGUUCUAUGAGCAGUGACAAUGUCAGUAAGACAGGACUCCCUAGUCCUAACCCAUCAUCCGCUGGAAGCGUAAGCAGUCUUAGUAGCCAGCUAGGAAGUAACAACGGAAGCAGUAGUGCUGCAGGAAGCAACGUGACCUCUAGCAACAAGGUGGCUGUGGAUCCCAGCAUGCAGCUGUCUGGAGCAAAAGGUCCAACCUCACAGGAGUCCCAGCUAAAUGCCAUGAAACGUCUACAAAUGGUUAAAAAGAAAGCAGCACAGAAAAAGCUGAAAAAGUAACUUUUCUUUUUGAGCACACUACUGUGAGUGCAGGAAGGAUGGAUUUCUAAUCCAGUGACUUUCAAAUUAUCCUUUUGAAAAGUGAGAGAAAAGUAAUAUUCCCGGGACAUUAGCCUAAUCUCUGUUUCUAUGUAACUAACUUGUAAAUAAAACCAGUUAUGUUGAGGUUGGAC